AAUUAUUUGUGGCUAGGAAAGUUUACCUGGCAAAUAGUAAUAACGUUUGGUCCCGUUUGUCAGAAACAAAGCACCCUCUAACAUGACCGGCCACAGCAAUGAUACGGUGAUAGAGCCCAACCAGACGAUCUAUUUGAACAACCUGAAUGAGAAAGUCAGAAAGGACGAACUCAAGAGAUGCCUUUACGCCCUGUGUUCGCAGUUCGGUCCCAUUUUGGACGUCGUGGCCAUGAAGACGCUGUCGAUGAGGGGACAGGCGUUCAUAGUCUUCAAGGACAUAGCGUCCGCGUCGGCCGCCAUUCACAAGUUAAAUGGAUUUUUGUUUUUUGACAAGCCAAUCAAGGCGCAGUACGCCAAGACGAAGAGCGACUUCAUAGCGAAGUUGGAUGGGACCUACUCGCCGAAGGACAGGAAGAAGCAGAGGGAGGCGGCUAGGCUGAUGAACGAGAAGAAGAGAAAAGUCGCCGAAAACGCGGAGGGAGAGCCGGCGUCGAAGCGAGCGGUGUUCGAGGCACCCAUUGACUUGAAUCCCCCGAGCAACAUUCUGUUCGUUCAAAAAAUACCGGGAAACAUGGCCGAGUCGACGCUGGCCAGCUUGUUUUCCAAGUUUCCUGGGUACAAGGAGACGAAGGUGCCUCCGAACCGUGACGUCGCUUUUGUUUUUUACGAGUCGGAAAUUCAAGCUGCCAAGGCGAUGGGGGAGUACCAGGGCUGGAAGUGCUCCCCCGACGACUACGGGUUGUUGAUCACUUACGCCAAGAGAUAG